GCGCACGCCAUUUUUGACGACGCCAGGAUCAUGACGUGUGGAGGAGCCCCUGAAAUGUAUAAAUGGCGUGUCAGGGCCUGCUAGCCCUCAUCAAACAAUCUCACUACACCUCGAACGCAAUGCCUCUCUUCGGAUCCUCUCACCAUCACUCAACCACUCGCCGAAGCACGGAACAUCGAGGCGGUUGGUUCUCUGGCCGCACCAGUCGCAACCGCAGGGCUGGCGGACUCAAAGCUGCCCUGGCAAACCCCAACACAACGCAUCAUGGCAGGAGGGAGGCCAAGCAUGAGCUACACGCCAUGGGUCGCUCUUCCCACGUUCCUUUCAUGACCAAGGUCAAGCGCACUUUGGGCAUCCGCAGCACACCCCGCCGCGAACGUCACCAUGUCUCGCGCAGCCGACGCUAUUGAAUUUUUUGACGACGAUCAUGAUUAAUUGUAGUAGUAACAUGUCUGUAUACCAUGUACUGUAUACCCACUUGUGAUUGUGAAAUUAUUUACUCCAAAGUGCACGGCGUCC